AUGUUUCCCUCUUCCGAUACAGGAUCUCCUCCACAGUCGAGAAUGACCUCGAGACAUUCGUCGGUGGUCUCGACUACAUCGAGCAGAUCGAGCGUCAGGAAACCCUCUCUGAAGGCUAAGCCUUCAGCGCUACAAGGCAAUCUUCUAAAUCACUCUGAUGACUUCCUCAACGAGAAUCUCCUUGAGGACGACGAGGAAAUUUCUAUGUCGGAGUCGCCCCGAAUAUCCCAUCGAACUCCGACCUACGAUGCUGGGAAUAAUCGGCUGGUGAUUGCUAUAGACUAUGGGACCACGUUCACGGGUGUUGCAUAUGCCUUGCCAAGAUCAGAUUAUGCCAGUCUCGACGAGGUUUUGGUGGUAGAUAACUGGGGCCCACAGAUGAACAUUACUAGCAAGAUUCCGAGUAUCUACUCUUACUCCCCAGCAACUUCUCCUCUCGAUCAGCAGUGGGGUGCUAGCAUCAGUGACGAUUCUGUGACCAUGGUGAACACCAAAAUGGAAUUGGAUGUGCAGGAGAAAAGGAUAGACGAACUUGAGUUGAUCUUGCAGGUUUUGGAAGGAACCUCCAACCUGGACUUCGAGCACGUCAAGAAAUCCCAAGGAUACCCCGAGUAUACCUGGAAAGAUCCGGAAGAAAUUGUGACGGACUAUCUCACGAAAGUGUUUCAAUAUCUCGACGAUUCUUUCGAAUUCAUCGGUGAACACCUCAAGUCAAAGAUAGCGGUCGAUAUCGUCGUUACAGUGCCAGUGAGGUGGUCGUACAGAGCCAGAAACUCCACAAUCAGGGCGAUCAAAGAAGCUGGAUUCAAUGAAUUAACCUACCCCAACCUAGAGAACAUUAUCAUGGUCACUGAACCUGUAGCUGCCGCGAUUUAUACUGCUCGUCAUCUCAAGGAGGACAAAAAGGUCGAGUUUCUUAAGGAAGGAGAGUGUUUCGUACUGUGCGAUGCAGGCGGAGGCACCGUUGACUGUGUUUCUUACAAGGUUACCCAGCUAGAGCCUACCUUAGAGUUGGAAGAAGUCACCACUCCAACAAGCGACAAAUGUGGGUCUUCAUAUAUAGACGCAAAAUUCAAGCGAUGGCUCCGAACUAAGAUUGGGGAACGAAAUUAUGCGAAGUUGGAUCCUCGAAGUGCAGGGUCUCAGAUCGGUGCUCACACUAUGGAGGAAAAGCCAAUGAGGCAGCUCAUCAAAAGAUUUGACGAGAGGAAGAGAGCCUUCUCCAAUAAGCCCUACGAAGUACAUCUGGACCUCCCGCUUCCCCUGCACACCUUGAACAUCCCUGGCAGGGUCACUCAAGGAGACCUAAGAAUCACCCACGAUGAGAUGAAAACGAUAUUUGAAACAUGUGUUGAUGGUGUCAUCGAGCUGAUCAAAGGUCAGAUUCAGCAGGUAGAGAGAAAGAAGUAUCGAGUUAAGAAUGUAUUCCUAGUUGGUGGUUUUGGUGAAUCCCAAUAUCUACAGGAAGAACUCAGAGAGUCUCUGAAAUUAAGGAAGAUUGUCAUGAGACGGCCCGAGAAAAAUAAGUCAUGGACUGCCGUUGUUCAAGGUGCUGUUCUUUAUGGCAUUGAGAAAGCCCACCACAAGGACGUAACGACCGUGGCAACUUGUACUAAGAGCUAUGGGGUCAAUCUCAACGAGAUGGACUCGAUUUCCAAGUACAGUCGGGAGGAUGUAUACGUCGAUCCAGUGACGAACAAUAGCAUGGCAAGAACGCAGUUGACGUGGCUCAUUCGCAAGGGGGACCUUAUCCUUUCGGACGAGAAGAGAGAAGCAGAGAAGGAAUUCAUGCAUACUUUCUCAGACCCCGAUGAUCGAAAGUUCAAACUCCCUGUAUAUGAAUAUUCCGACGAUGAUCUACCGGAUCGUUAUGAGACGGGACAGAAUGAACUGGGUCGCUCGGCUGUACUAAGUUGCGACCUGUCAACUUUUUCGCUCAACGAAUUCGUGCUGUUUCGAAAUCCAACCACGAAGCGACCUUACUAUGUGGCAUAUCUCGUUUGCAGAUUUAUAAUGUGUGAAACGGAUUUAGAGGUUGAGAUCCGCUGGAAGGAGAGAGUGGUGUGUAGCGAAAAGAUCAAGAUGGAGAGUCUUAGAUUUGGGUUGUAG